AUGGAUGAGACCACUGGACCCGAACCGCGAGUCUCUCGCGAAUCCGAUGCUGGAUCCUCGACUCCUCCAACACAGGCCGUUGUCCCAAGGCUGAGUAUCACGUAUCGAGAGCCCGUGCCGAGUUCAACCAAUGAAGAAGAAUACAAAAAGUUCAAGGAAUUCGUCUUUGGGUCUUCGGAUCCUUGGGUUCCGACGGAUCCGUUGCGACAGCACGACUAUGUCGCACUUCCCGACGUGGCUCAUCAAACACAAGAAGACACGUCUGCAUCAUAUGGGCAUGAUGGCACAACUGCAAGCGUCGAUUCCCAUGGCCUUCUCACACAAAUUAGCCGCUAUCUAGGAGCCGGCCGCUCCGGCUUCUUCACUCUGGAUACAAAAGCAACCCCUCCACCGUACCAGGUGCAAGAACGUGCAAAACGACUCAUCGACCCGAGCGAAAACGACGAUUCGAUCGGAGCCAUAUUUGAGGACUCCUCUCCUCAACUGAAUGAUAUGUUUAAUGACGCAUGGAAGCUCGAUUUUACCCAUGAUCGAUGGCCUCGAUAUACUCAUCAGCUCGACGACGGCCUUUCUGUUACGUGUCAACACUAUGUCUCGAACGGUAUCGUUUUCGUUCGAACACGCUUUCAUGUGAACAAGGUGUUGGAGACAAAUGCGCCGUUAUUCUCUGGCCUCAAGCUUCGGCCAGAUGAGUAUCACAUACGAGAACUAGAUUUUCUCAACACGUCAAGCACUUUCAACAUUAGCUCCCAACAGCAGUCGCAUGAGCCUGGUCCGAACCAGUGCAGUGUGAUCUUGAUCAACAAUGGCUUCGAGCCUGGUGAUCCCAGCGAAGCAGGCGAUGAGUAUCUGAACGCCGUUUGCUUGAUCUUUGCCAUUUCUGUGAACGGCAAGGUGCGAGAGCUCGAAAAAUCCCAAGACUGGUACGGCGAUUGUUAUCGGGUGAAAAGCAGCGGGGAAGAUAAUUUCACGGUCACUCCAGCACAUCCGGUGGAGAUAGUAGAGGCGUACAGACUGCAACUGGUGCCGAGGGAGGCUGAUUGGAAAGAUUGUGUCAUCUCUCAGGCAGAUUUCCUUGGAAUCCACGACGCCUUCACCACGAACCUCUUUCGGAAAUUGCCGUUCUCGCGUGAUUCACACCUCGACUUCAUCUUGCGCAGGAAUCUGGAACACAUUCUUUCAGUAUGCAGCAUUCCAGUACCAGUAACACGACCACAGUCCGAAGGCGAGAAAGUUGACCCUCCUCCAGCGGAAAUAGCAGAACAUGGACAAGGGACCCGCAACAAGAAUUACGACGUCGCUUUAACAUGCGGGGACCUCUCCGGACAUCGGAUUGUCACAUCAGCCAGCUACUUUGCAUUCAAAUUUUUGCUGGCGAUGUUGACGUAUCUCAGAGCUGGUGACUUUGAGAAAGAACAUUUCCAGCCGUGUCAAUGCAACAGCGCGGAAAGAUUAGCCUGUGGAUUUGAGAUGCGCAGGCGUCUAUCCACAAGGAUCGAGGAUACUUGCAGGGCUCACGUGGCUUGGAUAGGACAAGCCACAUUCGCUGAUGGACGUUUCAAAACUCACUAUUGGGCUUCUGGGCAGGAGAUGUCUUCUGACGAUGGUGUUAAUGCCCGGGACACGACACUAAUGCCCGAUGCAUCAAUCUCGACGUCGACUGAUAUGCCAUUCCAGAUCUUGACCGAUACACCAUUCCAGAUCCUCAAGCUUUCCGAUUUUGCUGCUAUUUUUGACGAUGACGACAAGGCUCUCGUCCGGUCGUACUUGCUUCACUGUGUACGUCCUUGGAUACGACAUUUGGACCAGAAAAACAAACGAGGGUUUUUUGCCUUCUCUCGCACGACAGACACCCCACGUGAAGGUUACCACAACUACCGCUUAGAGGAUCAUGUUUGGAUCUGGAGUGCGCUACAAGUCGUCGAUCAGCUUGGCUUGGGUCGGGAGCUAAAGAAGGAAAGGAAGCAGAAAAAAGAGAGCAAGAAGAGUGAGAGGAAGCAAUCCAGGUCUCAAGUCGACUCGAUGAGCUUGGAGCAAGAGAGCUCGCAGCAGGAUAUCUUGAAGUGGGGUUACUCUCCUGCAGAGUUUCGACGAAAUGUUCUCAGAAGAUUCACUGUCCAGAACCGUGCCGCUAGACAGCGCAUGCUCGCUGUUGCACGUUGUUGGUCAGAGAGUCGGUUUCUACUCCGGACCAGAGAUACUGCCUUCUUCCAUGACACGAAGCCGGCGUUCUUCGACCGGACGGAUGAUCUCUGGAAGGCUACAAUCAAUGCACAGAAAUAUCACGAGGAAAAUCAAGACGCCACUUGGGACAGUCCCUUGCGCUACGCAUUAGCACUGCUAAUGGCGAGCAAAGGCCUCCAGAUCAACGGCAGAUCACCCCAAGAUAUGCUGAAGACCGCCAAAAAAGUUCUAUUUCAGAGUUCGUCUGCCAGUGGUAUGCUGCCGGGGCAAUUGAACAUGGAAACGAAGGACCCCGAAAUCUUUCAGGUCAAGUCCCGGAGAGACUUCUACUGGCAUACCUGCUUCGAAACUCCAUACAUCCUCUGGAAAGUCCGCUCAACUCUCGAGUGCGAAGCGAUUUCUACACAAACCGUCGCUGAUGACUCGGGCGAGCCUCACGCCGUUAUGCCCCAACUGGCCAAAGGAUCACCUUCACAUCACCUGCACCUAGAAAUGAAAAAGUCGAUGCCUCACAACGAUCUCAUAGACCAGCAAAGUAUUGUGGAAAUUUCAGAUGAGUGGUUAUACAAUCCCCCACCCUUCCUGGACUUUAAGCCUAACAUGACGGGCAUAAGAGACUUUUUCCAAUACUUCGCUAACGACGGGAUUUUCGAAUCUCUCCUUGAGUUAUUCUAUGACCUUGAACCUCGAUCUCUACUCCGCAGGGGAACUUUCUCGUUCAUGGACGCCAAGGGACAUAACCUGGAAGGGGCCAUAAUCGAUGUUCCCAAGAGCAAGCAUAUGGCCGGUGAUCCCAAUGUGGCGAUUGCUGGAAAUCCACUUGACAAGAUUGAACUUUUGACCAGCCACGGUAUGUACGGCAGACUGGAUAAGUUGAGGACCGCCGAAGAAGCCAAAAAAAGACUGAUCUGGUCUUUCAAGGCGAAUCCUGACCUGGGUCUACUCUGCGCGAUGGCGUCGCCCGGGGCCGAGGCAGCAUUCAUUGCAUCCUUCUUCGACCGACACUUUCACCGAGAGAAAUAUUUCACCGAUGACACAACAGCCGCUUUGAAUGCCUGGACGACUGAAUUUCAUUUAUCUUCUUACCAGCUGGUGGAUGAAAAUGAUGGAAUCACCGAUUUGAAGUUUUUGGGUGGCCAAAAAUGGAUCCGGAGGGCAGGAACGGGCUUCCGCAUCGUGGGCGACUUCUUUGACCGCUUCUGGACCUGUCACGUCCUUGAAUACGAGCCGAAGGAUUAUGUCGGAGACGCUCAGGUCAAGGCACAUCACCCUGACAAAUUACAGCAAUGCUUCGACACACUGAUCAAAAAUCGAAUCCCGGAAAUGGAGCGGGGCCGAAACCCCUGGCGUCAGCGAAAGGUCCUGGAGCUCAUCCUUUUUGAUCGAAUGCUGGAAAAGAUCAUCGGGAGAUAUAAAGAGUUGCUUCAGCAUGUGGACGGAGAGCUGAGGGAUCUCCUGUCGGAUGAGGAGGAGAACGGCGACAGCUCUCCGGUUGUUCACUCGGAUGUCUUGUCCAUCUCCAAUGCCAUCUUCUCGCAAGAGAUGGACAGCUACGCUUACCUCGAGUUCCGGAAAAAGUGGCCUCCGUUCCAGUACACCCUUCAAAUCAUGGAGGAAGAUCUGAAGGAAACACUCGACACCGUGGGCUUGUGGAAGACUCGGGAACGCGACCGGGAACCCGAACGGCCGCGCUGGACGAUCAACGACGAGGCCAAGUACCGCUCCGUGAUUACGAAGAUGACGACCGCCAACAACCACAAGAUUCGGGACCUUGAGCGGUAUCACUCCAAGAUCCAGUCCCUCCGGGAGUCCCUCGCCAGCCGGCUGGGGUCGACCCGUGACGACUUGAGUUUCCAGAGCGCCGAGAACGUCCGCUACUUCACGUACAUUACCGUAGUGUUCCUCCCGCUAGGAUUCGGCGCGGCGACGAUGAGCACGAGCGGGCUGCCGAGCCGCAAGAUGGUCUUGGACAUGUUCGUAGCUGCGGUUAUUAUCUUCAUUCCGACGCUCCUUGCAUUGGCAUACGGACCCACGGUGUUUGACGAGAUCCUGAGGCCCAUGUUCAGGGCCAUUCGCGACUACAAACACAAGCAUUGGCCCCCUUGGAAGACGAGUGAUCUUCCGCCAAAGAAGCAGGCUGGAAAGAAGGGCGGCGGUCAGUUGCACUCGCCUCCCGGAUCAUCAUCUUCUGGAGGGGAAAAUCCGAAUAAAAUUAAUUCUUCGUCAUCACUGUCACCACCACCACCACCACCACCACCACCAUCAAAAGCCGCCGGUGGGAAGACAGGAACAGUGCUGCAGCUAAAUGCGUCGCUUCCUGAUACCAACAACACUAUGACUGCUGCCGCCGCUGCCACUGCCGAAAGCGGCGCCGGCCCACCACCUCGGAGGUGGAACUUGUUCGCUCGGGACAUCAAAGAAAUGAUAUCGAAAAAGAGAAGAGAAGGCCACCACCACAAGAAGAGCGGCGACGCCCAGAGUGAACUGGAAGCUGGGAAUUUAUUGGAUGGUCGGCCGGGGAAAUUAUCGUGA